AUGGAAGUUCCUCAGAAACUCUCUUUAGUAAAACUGCCACACGCUGCUUAUGCUCAUCGUCACACCCACCGAAAGGUCAGGUUGUCCCACCACGCUCGCAAAUUCCUCCGUCAAAAGCGUCAACAACUCCCUCGUCGUGCACUCCUAGCGAGAGAACCAGAGGCUUCUCCAGUGUCAUCGGAUAGCGCACUGCCCUGGUCAGGUACGCACGAAUCCGACUUGGCCAGCCGGCCAGGGCCCGAGGCGGCCACGGAGCCCGUAACUCCCCCAACAAGUCUGGUACCGCCUGCGCCUAUACUCAAGAAGUACAGGGCUCCCAAGGUUGCCAAGGUAUGUUGCGCUCUUCAUGCCCUUAGCAGUGUAUACAUUACUGACUCUGAGGGCGGAUAUGUCCAGGCUUGUGAUCACUGCCGCGCGACGAAGCUGAAGUGCGGCAUCAGGAGACCGUGCAAGAACUGCACCACGAAAGGCCUUGAUUGCAAGCCAGAAUAUGGUCUAGAGGCCAUGCUGGAUUUUAUCGAGGCAUCGAUAGACGGUAUAGCAGCAAAGCUCGACGACCGACUCGACAGACUUGAGAUUGUGAUCUCACGCAUCAACCCCUCUACAGAGUCGAACAUCUCGGUGCGAGACGUCGUGUUGCGCGAGAUACGCAACGACACUAUGCGAGAAGUCGGCCUCUCCCCGCUGAACGACAAUUUCGCCUCGUUGGGAGUGGAGGACGACCCGGACAUAUCAUCAGAAUACAUGCCCCCGCCAGACUUUCCCGUGGCGCUUUAUGUGAUGCUGCUUUGGCCGCCUAUCGAUGCCCUAGCUGGCAGUAUCGUCAGGGAGAAUGGCAUCGACGAUCCACGCGUGUUCCCCUUGAUGGUAGAAAUGCGGCGACACGUGAACAACCCGGGCUCAUCCGAGUGCUCGUGCGCCGCAUGCCGUCUAGGGGGCCUCCAAGCGGGCCUGCAGACAGGGCUUUACCUGCCGGCGAUACCUCCCCCGUGGUUGGCAUACCCCGCGACGAGCAGCAUGAUCUUGUUGCCGCAGUUGAUGUGCGACAUGUCCGAGGCCAGAGUCUGGGAGCUCAUUGACAGCUUUGAGGUCAACAUCUUGUCUCUGCAGCCGCUGGUCACGCCGGCGGUGCUCCGCUCCGCGGUCCAGAUCAUGCUUCAGGACCCUGCAACCCCGCGCGUCCGCGAGACUUACACCAGGAACCCUUACCCUGUCAUGGAUGCGAUCGUCUAUCUGUGCCUGGCUCUGGGGGAAGCCUGUGCCUGGAAUGACGGCGACAACAACCCUCUCCGUCCGGCGUCCUGGCAUCGCAACAUCCCUACGCUGCCGUCCAGCGCGGAUCCGCUCGAGAUGCCCACCCCGACCCCGAGCAAUACGCCGGUGCUCAUGCCGGGUGUCAAGUAUUACAAUGCUGCUCGGGCAAUCCUUCGCGCCGACACCACGGUCGUCAGCUUGUCCCACAUCGUUGCGCACCUGCUCGCUGGCCUCUACCACGCGCAGUUCGCGCGCCUGAGAGAGAGUCUUAGCUACACUGCUCAUGCGAGCUGGAUGCUCCUUACCAUGAUUACACCGAUGAUGGAUCACUUCCAGGCGAUGCUGGACAACAACACUAUUCCGCAGAGCGAGGCGGAGAACCAGACGGUGAUGGCUUAUUGGUGCUGCCUGCAGCUUGAGAGUGACAUCAUCUUUGAAUUACCGUUGCCGACCACCGGCAUCAUGGGGCUCGAGAAGCGAAUGCCGCUCCCCAACGUCGACCUCGCGGCGCGCGACUUUGGCGGGAACGUCAUGAUGCACUUCCUGACGCAGAUCCACUUCCGGCGCCACCUCAGGGAGAUCCGCGACUGGCUCUACCAGCCCACGGCCACGGGGGAGGCCCAGCCGGCCAACAUGACGCUCGAGGACGUCAUGCGGGCGGUGCUGCGCGAGCUGCCUCCUCAGCUCUGCUGGGACCAGCCCGCGGCCGACAUCCUGGACAUGCGGCUCCGGGCGCAGUGGAGCGCCGCCCUCAUCCACAUCUACCGGCCGUUCGUCCGCCACAUCCUCGACUUCAACUUCAACCUCGCGCACGGCACCCGCCACCCCGUCGACGCGGCGUUCGACGGCUGCCGGAUCGCGGGCCUCCCGAGCAUCCCCGAGGGUGCGACCUCGGCGGACGAGAUCCCGGCGUCGGUGCUCCGGUACGCGUUCCUCGCCAUCCAGGGGCUGAUCCAGAGCACCAGCUCCUUUCAGCGGGAGGACAGCAAGCGGUGCGCCCUGACCAACAUCUUUGGAGCUGCCUAUGCCCAAUGGAACAAUCUGCUGGUUCUGGCGGCUGCUUUCGAAGAUCCCGUCCUCGGCGCGUUCAUUGAUGGCGUCCUGCUGCGGGACCUCUUCACGCAGACAAUCAGGAUCGUCUCGUCUAUUGCGGAGGAGGGCAGUUCCCUGGAAAAGGGGACUUUGAUCCUGACCGGGCUCCGGGAGAGGCUGUGGCCCGGCCAGACGCAGCAGGCAUGA